AUGGCCCACCAGUCGGCACUGGCGUUUGGGAGCGACGAUGUGGCUUUGGCCUGUGCGACCUGCGUGGCCCUGGUGUUGGCGCACUGGCAUGCGACGAAGGCGCACGCGGACUUGAAGUCCGGGCUGUCGCAGCUCCUCCACUUCGCGGAAGACUGGGUUGGCGGGAAGGGCUCGGGUCUCAGCCCCAUGGCGGCCCGCGUCGAGGAGGAGAGCAGGGCUUUCCGAGCUGUCGCGAUGCAGUUACGCGGCAAGUCUGAGGAGCUGAAGCGUGUGCGCUUGAAGAUGUUAAUGCUCUUCUUCCGGCUUAUCGUUCAUUUAAUGCUUGUUACGACCCUCUUCGAAACCUUCGAAUUCAUCCGUGCACCCCGGCUGCAAGGGGCGAUCCGCUGGGUCAUCGGCGUAUGUAUAUAUCUAAUGAUCGGCCUUCUCAACACAAACCGCUGGCCUCUCACGCCUUCGCUCCUGGUCUCCUUGCGGAUGGUAAUCUGGAUGUUGGUGCUGGUUCUCCUCGGGGUGAGUGGCUCCGACCAGAAUGACAUAUUGGCGCGGCACGGUUUGUGCCAGGCAAGUCAGCUUCUACAGACAAUCAUCUUUCCCGUUGGCACCAUGACCAUGUUGCAGACUGCAUCCUACUUUGUUGUUGACACCUGGGCCAAGUGGCAGGUGUUCGACGUGCUAAAUCCACGGCUGAUAAUGGCUGCAUGUGUCCAGGCUUUAGUAUACAUGGCCAUACCACUCUUUCUGGAGUUCGCUCUUCGGGAGUGGAUUGCGGCAUCGCUUCAGUCGAAAGACUCCGACUCCUUGAUUGGGGGCUUUCGGCAGAUGCUGAAGGGAAUCUGUGACGGGGAGCUGCUACUGGACGGCAACUUCCAGAUCUGCGGCAAAGCACCGUGCCUGCAACGGCUCCUGUCAAGCAGCGAGGACUUUGCCGGGCGCAGCUUUCGGGACGUUUUGGUCGAUGAUGAGGCGAGGAAGGCGUUCGAUGACUUCCUGGCACCGGCCGUAGCCACCAGCGAUGCGGACGAAGGCGCAGAGGGCGGCCAGCGACAGCUCUUGCAAACCAGCGCAGGCGCAGCCCCGCGCUGCCUGCGCGUGCCUCUGCGGACCCCUUAUGGUCAGGCGAUUUCGGUUGAUGUCUUUCACGUCUCGCUGCCGUCCAGUCUCUACGGCGAGAGCACCAGCUACCACCUGCAGCUUGGUUGCGCCAUGUUGCUUGCCCUGAAAGGGGAUGUUGAUUUCAUGCCGCCCCCAGAAGCGGACCCCACGCAGAAUGUGCUUCCCAGCAGCCUCCUGGCCUCCAGGCGGCCGCCGUCGGCGCGCUCCGCCGCCAGCAACGAGUCUUACGAAGAGUGCUACGACGAGCUCGCGGAGAUCACGUUGCUGGUGAACGCGAGCACGGCGCUGAUGGACAUCGAGGAAGCUCACUUGCGAUUCGUGCGCAAGACCAACAAGUCCAAGGUGCGGAUGGGCAUGCCGACCCUGAAGCGCUUUGCGCGGCCACUGGACUGGGCCGGCAUCGAUGCCGUCCUGCGCCGUUACGCACGGAAGGUGCGCAAAGCCCACGCCGAGGGCAAGGAGGUGUUGGAGGAGGACGAGCAGGCCAUGGGGCGGGGUCGGUGCAGCUCCCUCAACCUGGAUGCCCCUUUGGCGGGGCGGCUGUACCCAAUGAUGUACAGCGAUCGCACGUUCAACACCACAUCACCCGGCCGCAACUUUGGACAAGUGGUGACCUGGCUCUCGCUUUGCAGCGUCGGCCGAAAAGCUGAGACCAACCCGGGUGCGCUCAGAGUCGAGGAGGAGCUCGGAAGGGUGCGUGUGAAGAUGUGCCUGAUGUGUGUCUGCGCGUGCAUCCACCCCGUGAUGGUGUUGCUCUUGAAGUCUGCCGUGGAGUUCAUGUGCGAGCCGGGGGUGUCUUCUGGGAUUUGGCUAUUCUGCUUAUCGAUGGUUUACGUUGCCUACAGCGCCCUGGUCGGCGAGCAGCUGUCUUUGACACCUCGUCGUCUGCAUGCCGUACGGGUCUCCAUCAUACUCGUCCACGUCGCAGCAAUCGUCGCCAUCAGCCACGGAUCCAAAGACACCUUCUUGGGCCAAAUCGGGAUCGUUAUUGGGUCGCAGGUUCUUCAUUCAAUGCUUUUUUCAGCAAAUGCAGCAACCGUCUCCAGUUCGGUGCUCCACACUGCCCUAUACAUAUGGGCCACAGCACAGGUUCAUGGCCGCAGCGCAGUGGACCUUUGGUUGCUUGUGUCCCACAUGUCCUUGCAGGUCUUCGUGUGCAACAUGAUCCCUUUCAUGCUGGAGCUGACUUUGCGGGAAUGUAUCGAGGCAUCCUUUCAGUCGCAGGACUCGGACUCCUUGAUUCAGGGCUUUCGGCAGAUGCUGAAGGGGAUCUGUGACGGGGAGCUGCUUCUUGACGGCGACUUCCAGAUCUGCGGCAGCGCGCCGUGCCUGCAACGGCUCCUGUCAAGCAGAGAGGACUUUGCCGGGCGCAGCUUUCGGGAGCUCAUCGUCGAUGACGACGCGAGAGAGACAUUCGAUGGAUUUCUGGCCAAAGCUGCACAGCCGAAGGAGGCCACGCCAGGAUGCCUGCGUAUCCCUCUGAAGACUGCUUCAAGGCAAAUCGUCUCCGUGGACAUGUUCCACGUUCCGCUUCCGCGCAGCCUGUACGGCAUGAAUACCAUCCACCAUCUGACAGUCAGAAGGGGCGGCGACGAGGAAUGCUGGAACUUCAUUAAGCCAGAGAUGGAGGACUCCACGCACAAGGUCAGCGAAAAGUCGAAGGCGAUGGAGACUCCGUUCAAAACGGGACCUGAUCCAGUCACCGAAGUUAAGAAGCAAGGGCUGCCGGGAACACUGCUCAUGGCAAAGCCAGACAACAGGCUGGAUAAGUCGGCCACCCAGGAGCCGACGAGUACCGGAGAUGACCCGAAGGCGAAGACCCUCGUGCAGUCCGACGGGGGAGACACACAAGGGAACAAGCCAUUCGACGAAGUCAACGUCACAGAUCCAGUCGGCAAUCCUACGGUGCCAGGUGGACCAAUUGAUCGAGACAUCCUCAUUGUCCUGAAGCUCGGAAGUGAGUCGGCGGCGCCACUCACGAGCGGUGGCUUUGAGUCGGGAGACCUGCAGGCACACUCCCGCAAAGACUGCUCUAACAGCCUGUAA